UUAUCGUCGUACUCUAGUGACAGUGUCGUACCUCGUCUUACAAUAAUCAAUAUGAAUAUUAUCUCAUGUUUGAUUACUUAUUUUGGUAAACUUAUGUUAUCUUAAGCGAUAGAGGCAGUUAUGUUGGAGAAAUUCUCUCGGUACACAGACAUAAGCAUAAUCGUCGGUGUCGGAUUUCCCGCAUACACAAAAUCACAAAUUAGUCGUCCGUUACUCCGUGCUGGCGAAAUGUCACCGCUGUCCAAGUUGCCGCCAAAAGUGCUCAAUUUGAAAGAGUUUGUUCAGAGGCAACAGGUUUUACGCCUAUAUGGAGAAAUAAUGCGAACGAUCUGCAAAGUUAGUAAUCCAGAACACCGACAGUAUCUGUCUGAAUGGGCGAGAGAUGAUUUUAAGCGCAACAAGCAUCAGACUGAUCAGGAAACAAUCAAAGCUUUGAUGAUUAAUGCAAGAAAGCAGUUAAAAACUCUUCAGAUUAGCCUACAGCUUGCGAAAUAGUUUCCUCGUUUUACAAUCGGAAUAAGAAACAUCCCGUAACGAUGGCUGAACUAAACGACCUCAAGAAAUUACUGAAAAAAUGGGAGUUGAAAUUCUCAGCAGAGAAUCAGAGAAAACCAGGAAAGGCGGACAUACAGGCUGCUGACGCGAGUAUCGGGGAGCUAUUUCGGAGUUACACGGCGAUGAAGAAGAAGCAGGCUCAGCAGGCAACUACAUGUGAUAGCAACAUCCUACGAUCUCCGCCUUCUGAUGGCAACGAGAGCGAAAUGCAGCUGGACGUCUCACAAACAAACAGCAGAGGAGCGGGCAAAUUGAACUGCAGUGGUGGCGACAGAGCCGUACGUCCAGAUGGAGAUGGGGCAGAGAGGGUUUGUGAUGGUUCGCCUACCAGCAGUGACGUCUGGGGCGCUUCUCUCAACAAGAGUGUCAGCGCUGAGCCGAUACAAUGCGCCGCACCCGUCACGAAGGAGAAGUCAGAUUUUGCCUCCUCCAUGGGCAAGAAAUUACAGCAAAGGGCACUCACUGUGAAUGGUGCGUUGACCGUAGCGGGAGGGCGACUCGGUCUACAUUGCAAGAACAGAGGUGGUUCCACUCGUCAGUCGCUGGGGUCGUUAGAGGCGGCCGCUAACAAUGCGAGCUCGCGUUCGGAAGCUGAGGCCGACGUCGGGGCGAUGGCGAGUCUCUCCGCUUUCAAAAGCUUGCCGAAGUUCGUGAUGAGGAAGCGUGCUUCGACCGGCAGCGGCCAAUCGUAUGAUCCGACUGUGAUGAUGUCGCCGUUUCCGGUACGAAGGCCUUUGGCAGCACAUCGACUCAACCAGUCUGCUACAGCGUGCACAUCCCUACCGAAACAUGCAGCUGACAGAAUAGACGAUCCUGCUUGUGAUAUGGCAACCCCUGGAGUUCGUUUUACGAGGAGUGAGAAGAGCGCAGUGGGUAGCAACCAGACUGCUGGGAAAUGUAAAAUGCACGAUGCAGCUGAAGAUGUAAGGGGUAGCAGAUCCGGCUCUGAAUUGAAUAACGUGACUGGAAAGCAAGGCACUGUCACGUUGAAAAGGAAUAUGAAAAAGCUCGUCGGUUCUGAAAAUUCAACGAUUAAUCUGGCAGGCUCAGACUGCGGUAGUCACUGUGAUUUGUCGCAGAGAUCUGCUGAGUGUUCUAGUGCAUCUAACGACAUCCAUUCUGCUAGUGGUACCACUUCUACUGUCAAAUUGUGUGCAGCCAACAAAGACUUGUUCGAUUUCGACGAAGAAAGUUCAGAAGAGGAACGACCGGUGAAAAAACGUGUUGCUCGAAAGAGAGCGACGGUUGGUCAGAGGUGCACGGCUGCUGGCAAACAGCGAAAGACGCGUCUGUCUUCUCAGGCCAAGAAAGUCCUGGCUACAGAUGAAGGAGACGGUGGCAGUCUACCGAGUGUAGACAAAGGCAAGGCGAAGGCACCGGCAAAGCGUGGGAGGAAACGGAAGGCCGUCAGUGUGGAGAAGGAGGAAGAGGAGCAGACGGGAAGCGGAGGUGAAGGCAUCAGCGUUGAGACGGAGGGUGAGAAGAAGCCAAUGUUGCAUCUGUGGUCGGAGGCGGACACGUACGGAAACGUCGUCGGCGCGAAGAAGCGAAAAUUCUCCAACGCGGCGACGAAAGUCGGUCCGGCCGCCGACAACAACUACGUGCGAAUAAACCUGAAGAAGAAGCGCUACACGAGAAAGAGAGGAGCGGCGGGUCCCUCGUUCAAACGCAAUGGCCAGUGGCGACACAAGCACCGGCCGGACACGGGCGAGACGACCGGCAAAAACCUCUGCUACCGGUGCGGACAGGAGGGCCACUGGGCGAGCAGCUGCUGGCAGUCGGGCGGGUUCAGCAGUGGAGCGCAGUAUCUGACGGAGGGCAGCAGCCAGGCGGGAGAAGACUACGCGACCCUGCCGACGGAGGAGGAGGCUGCGAGAAAGGCGCUGGGGAGGAGCGACGGAGCGCUGCACGAGCUGAAGCUGGCCGCGCUCGCGUCGAACCCCGUCGACGACCUGCCGCCGCCGCCGCCGUCCGUCGAGCCGCUCUACGACUCGCCGCCCGCCAACGUCCCCGACGACGUCCUGGCUGCUCUGCGCAGGUUCGGCUACGAGUCGUUCAGGAAGGGACAGUGGGAGGCGGUCGCGCGGAUCCUCGCGGGCGAGUCGACGCUGCUCGUGCUCUCGACGGGCUCGGGGAAGUCGCUGUGCUACCAGCUAGCAGCGUACCUGUACGCGCGGCGGCGCGGCAGCAUCGCGAUCGUCGUGUCGCCGCUCGUCGCGCUCAUGGACGACCAGGUGACCGGCCUGCCCGCGUGCCUCAAGGCCGCCUGCCUGCACACGAACAUGAGCAAGGCGCAGCGCGAGAAGACGGCGGCCGCCGUCACCGCCGGCAACGUGCACGUGCUGCUCGUCUCGCCCGAGGCGAUCGUCUGCGGCUCGGGCGGCGGCGGCGCGGGGUGCCUGCCGGCGCGCAUGCCUCCCGUCGCGUUCGCGUGCGUUGACGAGGCGCACUGCCUCUCGCAGUGGUCGCACAACUUCCGGCCGUCGUACCUGCGGCUGUGCACGGCGCUGCGCGAGCGCAUGGGCGUGCGCUGCUUCCUCGGGCUCACGGCGACGGCCACGUUCGCGACGGCCAGCGACGUCGCCACGCACCUUGGCCUGCCCCGCGAUGACUCGGCGAUCGUGCGCGGCGCCGUCAUCCCCGGCAACCUGCAGCUGAGCGUCUCGCGCGACGACAACCGCGAGGCGUCCCUCGUGAACCUGCUGAAGGGCGAGCGCUUCACGGCGUGCGACUCCCUCAUCGUCUACUGCACGCGCCGCGACACGACCGAGCGCCUCGCCACGCUGCUGCGCGUCGCCCUAGGCGACGGUCGCCACGGCGACGGGGGGAAGCUGUCGCACGUCUGCGAGGCGUACCAUGCGGGGAUGUCGGCGGCACGGCGGCGCCGCGUGCAGAACGCCUUCAUGUCGGGUGCGUUGCGCGUCGUCGCGGCGACGGUCGCGUUCGGCAUGGGGCUGGACAAGGCCGACGUGCGCGCAAUCAUACACUACAACAUGCCGAAGAGCUUCGAGAGCUACGUGCAGGAGAUCGGGCGGGCGGGCCGCGACGGCCUCCCCGCGCACUGCCACCUGUUUCUCGGGCGGGAGGGCGGAGAUCUCGCAGAGCUGCGGCGGCACGCCCACGCCAACGCGGCCGACCGCUUCGCGAUCAAGAAGUUGGUGGGUCUCGCGCUGCCGCCGUGUAAGUGCAGGGAGCUGCAGGAGCGGCGGCGGCAGGCGGAGCACGAACUCGCGUUCGCCGACGAUGGCGUCGACUACGCCAACCUGCCGAUGGACGAUGGGGCGGUGAGUGGCGAGGCGGCGAGGGAAGGAGAGGAUGCGGGGGUGUCGGGGAAUGCGGGCGGAGGCGGCGACGGAUUGUGCGUGAGUGUAUCUGGUGUUGACUACGCUAACCUGCCUAUGGACGACGGGGUGACGAGUGGUGUGGUGACGAGGGAAGGAGAGGAUGCGGGGGUCUCGGGGAAUGCAGGCGGAGGCGGCUCGCGAUUAUGCGGGGGUGUGUCGGGAAAUACGGAGAAGUUACGGACACAGGCAGGUGCAGAUGGGUCACCCAGUUUCACCGACGAUUCGAGUCGAUGUGAUGUGAAACAGGAUUUGUCUCGGUCCAUCUACUGUGAGACAGAGGCAUCUCACGUUGUGCCCGAAAACUCUGCCGAGAAUGGGGACGACGACGGAAUCGAACCCGAUUCCGCGGAAGCUUCUGCGCCUCAUGCCCGGGACAUGUCUGGAAACGGAACUUGUACGAACCCUUCUGAAAAUCGUGACGACGUUCAAUGCGGAAGUGAACCGGAUUCUGCGGAGUUCAACUCGCCGGAAUGUUUCCGGGUGCGAGCCGAUUCGAAGUCACCAGAGGGUAAGGACGACAGCGAAGAUGAACCCGAUUCCGCGGAGAUUCCGGAACAUUCCCGGGAGAGGAUCUGCCCGGGUCAUCCGGUCGCGAUUCCCAUCGAGGCAGCGGUGGAGUCGCUCGACAUGAAGGCUGAGUCAAUCGAGACGCUGCUGUGUUACGUCUCGCUGCACCGUGCGCGCUGGCUGCGCAUCCUGCAGCACACGUACGCCGCGUGCACGCUCACCUGCUACGGCGGCCCCGCGCAGCUCUGCGACGUCGCGCGACGCUGCCCACCCGUCGCUGUCGCCCUCGCGCGCUCCCGCCGCGCCGCCACCGCGCCGCCGACAAACAAGCUGUCGUUCCACUGGCUGGAGGUGGCGGCGAGCAUGGGCUGGGACGCACGCGCGGUGCGGCGGGAGCUGCGAGCACUCGCGUGGCGCGAGACGCCCGCCGGCUGGACGAAGACGGGGGUCCUCGUCGAGUUCUCGGAGCUGGCGUUCCAGCUUCGUGCGCUGGGCGACCUGACGGACGACGAGCGCGACGCUGUGACAGACGACCUGUACGAGCGCACGCGGCUGCAGGAGUCCUCGCAGCUCUACCAGCUCGACCAGCUGUACGAGGCGCUGCGCGGGAUCUGCAGUGCCACCUACGAGGCGGCGAGCGACGCCGUCGACACGGCGGGCAGCGACGAACUCAAGGCGAGCAUCCACGUGUACUUCCAGAGCGCGUCGCGCGACCUCGGCCCCCUGGCGGCGUACGUGCCGCGCGCGCUGACGGAGGCAACACCUGGCGUGCAGGAGCAGGUGCAGGCGGACGUGGCGAGCCUCGUCGGCGUUCACUCGGACCGGCGCUUCACAGCGCGCGCCGUCGCGCGCAUCUUCCACGGCGUCGACAGCCCCUGCUACCCGGCGAAAGUGUGGGGGCGCGCCCGCCGCUACUGGAGGCGCCACCUACACGUCGACUUCAACCUCAUCCGCAAACUGGCGACGCCCAUCCUUAUCAAGUACAGGUGAUGUGUCGACUCCGCUGGGUAUCGCGUUUUUUUCCAGACGACAAAUUCAUUUAAGACGUGUUUCUAUCGAUGCGGCGUGAUAAAAGCGUGUGUGUGUACUAACAGCUUUUUUAUUCAAUAAUGUGACUAGUAGUACAAACCACAGAGAUGUUGAAUCAUGUUACAGCACAGUAAUGUAGUUUAGCGUUUUAUCUCGAUAUCACUUUUUAUCGAACCUUUAUUAAACAAUUCUAAUGUUCAGUACACUGCUAACAAAUAAACGUUGUACUAUGCAAUUUCAGAUAAAAGUU